CAACAACACCCAGAGAAUUAUUUGUCUACCACUGCCUCCACACAACAUAUAUUUUCAAUAGUAUAGAGAAAUGCCUUCCUUCAACACUCCCACCUUUGAGCUGACCCAGAGCCCGUCCCCGGCAACUCCGAUUACCGCUUCCGCGACACAAGUCAGGCAUGGUCUAGCGGCAUCUGAAUCGAUUCUCGACCCUCUGCCAAAACUGUUCCAGCCGCUCAAAAUCCGCAACAUCACCUUCAAGAACCGACUGUGGGUCAGCCCCAUGUGCAUGUAUUCUGCAGAGGACGGUUUUGUCAACGAUUUCCACUUUAUGCACUAUGGCCAGUUUGCGGUUCGUGGCUCCGGGGGUAUCGUUAUCGAGGCUACUGGAGUCGUACCUGAGGGCCGCAUCACGCCCAAUUGUCUCGGUCUGUGGAAGGAUGAGCAGAUUGCAGGGCUCAGGCAUAUUGUGGACUACGCCCACAAGUUUGGCACCACGAUCGGAAUCCAGAUUGGUCACGCUGGCCGCAAGAGCAGCACCAUUCCCCUCAGUCAGUAUGGCAAGCGGCCUACUCUCAUGGCCGAAGACUCUGAGGGCGGCUGGUCUGAGGAUGUCUAUGGCCCAUCAGCCAUUGCCUAUGACGAUAAGCACUGGACACCAAAGGAGAUGACCAUUGAGCAGAUCGCGGAUGUCCAGCAGGCGUUUGUUGAUGCUGCGGUGCGCGCAGAGAAGGCUGGCUUCGACUUUAUCGAGCUUCACGGUGCCCAUGGCUACUUGAUUCAUCAGUUCUACUCACCGCUGUCAAACCAGCGCACCGAUAAGUAUGGUGGUUCGUUCGAGAAUCGCAUUCGAUUCUUUGUUGAGACCGCACGCAAGGUUCGCCAAGUGUGGCCCGCUGAGAAGCCACUGCUUGUCCGUGUUUCAGCCAGUGACUGUGUCGAGGGCGGCUGGGAUACCGAAGAUACAGUUGAGCUGGCCAAGAUCCUGCACAACGAGGGCGUCGACUUCAUUGACUGCUCAUCCGCUGGUAAUGACCCGCGCCAAAAGGUUGCAUACGCACCUGGAUACCAGGUUCCGUAUGCGGCUGCUGUGAAGGCGGCUGUACCUGGUAUUCUUGUUGGUGCUAUUGGCUCCAUCGAUAACGGUAGGCAGGCAAACGAGAUUCUGGAGCAGGGCAAGGCGGAUGUAGCUUCGGCAGCUCGCAAGUACCUGCGUGAUCCAUCGUUCGUAUUCGAAGCUGCAAAGGACCUCGGCGUGUUUGUCAAGUGGAACGAUCAGUAUGAGCGUAGUCGCGCAUAAGCAUAUGAAGGUACCUUCUAAUAGGAUAACUAGUGUAUCCAAAAUACAUUAUUCUUAUAACACA